AUGUCUCAAGACCUACACCGCUCUACCUCAUCAGUUGCCACUUCCGGGGAGGUCAGUUGUGGCUCGGAGGAACAGCAAGGACCACAUACAACUGCCUUGGAAAAUUGCGUCCAAGAUGGAAAGGAAAUCCGCAAGGGAGAGACAGUGGCGAAUGGGGCCCAGGGGCAAGAUACAUCAGUGCCAGCCUCGCAGACCCUUUCGCCACGCCCACCUUCAAAUGCAACAGGCAGUACCCCCGCUCACCAGGAAAGUGCAUCUCUUGUGAUAGAUCCUCGCAGCGAUUCCAAACCGCGGAGCACCAACGCUAACCAAAUUCGGAAAGCCCUUACCUUGAAAGAGAAGCGUGUCGGCACGCGAGCCCUCGUAGAAAAGACACGGGAGGCAUUUCUGCUGGAGAUGGCUAUUGAUACGCGAAAAGCAGAAAUACUCAAGCUUCACGACCGAGCAGCGGAAAAAUCAGAGGCGGUACGCAAAGCAGAAAGCAUGCUGACAAGAGAUGCUCAAAAAUUUGACGAAUUCCUUAGAAGCAGUGAUGCGGCUGCGCACGAAGCCAUUCGCAAAGCAGACGAGGCGGCGCGGGUUUCUCAAGAAAAGGCAACGGCUGUACGGCAGCUUCGUCAGAAGCUUGACGCCACGAAGGCUCGAGCGGCAUCUAAUCGAGAAAAGGUGAAGGAAUACUCGAGAUAUAGAGCUUUCCUAACACAUAUCACUCCGCAGGAUUGGCUUAAAGACCAAGAAGAGCUGUCUAAGGAACGCGUCCAACAGCAAAAGCAGCAAUGGGUGCAGAGCCAGCUACAGCAGCAGCAACUACAAUAUGCCGCAGACAUAGAGGCAAUUGAUGAAGACCUCCACGAAAAGCUUCAGGAGCUGGAGAAGAAAAAGUCACGCGGAGUUAAAGCAAGUGCUGGACUGCGAAAGGAAUUGGAGGAAAAGGCCGAAAAGAAAAAACGGCAGUUGAGCAGAAAACUCAAAACUGCUGCAGAAUUCGAGACAAUAUUUGACGCCGAAAACAUGGCGUUAUCGGCAAUUGACCUUUACUUUAAGGAUCCACAGGAGCCUCUUCGCCUUUUCAAAGAACUGGAAGAGGAAAACUUGUUCCUGAUUCAAAAUGCACAUGAGACUGUUAUUGAGUUGGAAGCAAUGGAAAAACGGUUCGCCGACACCCGUGCUGAAAUGGGGGCCCGAUUGGAGGGACUUGAAACAGUUAUUGCACAGCUCCAGCAACAGCUGCAACAGCAGCGUGCCAAAUGCAUGCAACAUCGAGGUGGGCAGCUACCGUUUCCCCCUGGGGCGCAUGAUAUCAGUCAGAACCCUUCCAACUACUCCCGUUCUGUUUUGGGCAAAGAGGAACUGGCCUCCCAGGAACAAGAAUCCGAUGCUUCCGCAGCACUCCAAAAACUGACGGUCCACGUCUCAGCUAUACACGCAGCUUGUGGCUUUGAAAAAGAGGCGUCUGUUGACUGCCUACGCAUGUUAGAGCAGAUUGAAGCUCGACUAGACUCGCACCUUGCAGCGCUUGCCAAGCACGAAGGCAAGCAGUCAAGCGCCCGUUCUAACAAAUCCAGCCAGCGGAUGUUUCGAUGCCACUUUUCAGUGAAGUGUUGUGCUAAAGAGGGCGGCUCGCCCCACCUUGACUGUUUUGAGUUAGCUGCGAAGGAGUGUAGUCAGUCUGGAGCGUUUUUGUGCGCGUGA